AAGAAGAAAAAGAAAAAAAAAAAAAAAAAAAAAACUAAAUAUAUAUAUGUACAUUCAAAUUUAAUUAUAAUUCCUCCAAUCCUCCAUUGUUACACCUUCAAUUCUCCUCCUCCUCCUCCUCCUCCAACAUCCCUUCUCUCUUAACCAUGUCUGCUUCUGACGGCGUCAACAACAACAAUGGCGCCAUAAUUGACCCUUCUCAUCAACAACACAGACAUCAAAUACAGGGGAAUCAAUCUUCCAACAAUGCCGCCACCCCCUUACCCGUCAAAAAACCCCCUUCUAAAGACCGCCACAGUAAGGUCGAUGGUCGUGGCCGCCGUAUUCGUAUGCCCAUCGUUUGUGCCGCUCGUGUUUUCCAACUUACACGCGAAUUAGGCCACAAAUCCGAUGGUCAGACUAUCGAAUGGCUCCUUCGUCAAGCAGAGCCCUCCAUUAUCGCCGCCACUGGUACCGGUACCACUCCGGCUAGCUUCUCCACUAUCUCCGCCUCCCUCCGAACCCCUCCUGCCGCUUCCCUUUCCGACCAUAAACCCCUUUUGCCUCCGGCGCCUUUCAUUUUGGGUAAACGCGUUAGAACCGACGACGAUGGAGCUAAUAAAGACGACACCGGUGGGGCUGGUGCUGGGAUUUCGGUUGGUCCUUCUAUUGGUUCGAUUAUGGGUCCGGCUGUCGCGGGUGGCUAUUGGGCGAUUCCGGCGAGGUCGGAUUUUGGGCAGGUGUGGAGCUUUGCCGCGGCUGCAGCAGCGGCGGCGGCGCCGGAGAUGGUGAUUCAGCCGACGGCAGUUUCUCAUCAGGCGUCGUUGUUCGUUCAGCAGCAAUCGAUGGGAGAGGCGUCGGCAGCGAAAGUGGGAAAUUACCUUCCGGGGCAUUUGAAUUUGCUUGCUUCUUUAUCAGGUGGACCGGGAAGUUCCGGACGAAGAGACAAUGACCACCGUUGAUUUCAUAAUCCGGCCGCCGUUCACGACGGCGUUUGUAAUAAUUCUCUCCCUCUGUUGUGGGUGUUCGUGUUCAUAUAGAAUUAUAUAACAACUACCCUUUAUCGUUUUUUUACCCCCCAUUUUAGGGUUUUAGGCUAUUGAAUUCUUAGCUUGGAAUGAGUGAAUUUUAGGGUUUUAUUAUUAUUUUUUUCUUUUUGGAAGAUUGAUUAGGGUUUCUAAGCUUCAAAAAAGGGUGUGGCAGUAGCUGUUUUUCCCAGAUUUUGCUAUAUAUAAGCUAUAAUCAGCAAGAACUUUGUUAAUUUGGAUGAACUACUUCUUUCUCCAUUUCAAUGAAAAUCCAUGGAGGAUUGAAAUUUUCUUUUGUUGAAA